AUGCCGGUUGAUCGCAGCCUACAUAUCAUCCCGAACGAUUCUCCGGUCUGCCAACUGGAUGCUGAGAAUGCGUUCAAGACUUUAUCCGAAAAAGAAAGAAAAUACGCGCAUUACGUUGCGAAAGCUUCGUUCGACGGAGCGCUAGCAGUUUUCCUUCAAGUAUCCCCUGAGUCUGCGCCAAUCUUCUAUGUUCUCUACAGAUUAUUCAAGGCGGAGACUGUGGAGCAGUUGAAGGAGAAAGCUCUCGCCGUUGGUUUCAGCGAGGACGAGUGGCAGGCAUUGCUCAUUUACGCCGCUGCCUUCUACUCCAACUCUGGAAACUACAAAGGGUUCGGAGAUAGCAAGAUUGUUCCUGCAGUCGAUCAAAAUAAUAUAAUAUCGGUUCAGAAGAAAAUUCGUGCUCUUAUCGAAAAGUCAGCCGCGGGCAGUGACGAGAAAGUUUUGAAGACGUGGGAGUCGGUCGAGAAAUUAAUUGGAUCGUUGGAAGACAAGGAGUUGCAACUCGGAUUUGGAGAUAAGGGAGUGACCUGCUAUCACUCUUCGAACAUUACAAAGGCUGAUGCAGAGAAGAUUGAUCGAUUUUUCAAAGCCAGAAAUGUAGAGUCAUGGAACUCGCGUCUGUUCAAAGAAGUUGGAGCUGAUGGAAAGACAACUUAUACUAUCAAACUGGCUUCGUCUGAUGAGGGUGUGGUCGCUGAAGCUGUUGAGUUCGAAGGGGACGUAGUUCAAAUUGUCAAAGGAGAUUAUGCACCGGUUAUGAAGAGAACUCAUGAAUGGCUGGAUAAAGCUGUUCCAUUUGCUGCCAAUAAGAACCAAGAGGAGAUGCUGAAGAAGUACAUUGAGCACUUUAAAAAUGGUGAUAUCAACGCACACAAAGAUGGAUCGCGGUACUGGAUUAAGGAUGCUGGACCGGCUGUUGAGAGUUACAUUGGAUUCAUUGAGAACUACAGAGACCCAGCUGGUACUCGAUCGGAGUUCGAAGGAUUUGUGGCUGCUGUUAACAAAGAAACCUCAAAGAAGUUCUUGACCCUUGUUUCAAGAGCUGAAGAGAUUCUUAAGCGGUUACCAUGGGGACCAGACUACGAGAAGGACACAUUCCUCAAGCCAGACUUCACGGCUCUUGAUGUUAUUGCUUUCGGAAGCAGUGGAAUUCCAGCGGGUAUCAACAUUCCAAAUUACGAUGAUAUUCGCCAAAACGAAGGAUUCAAAAACGUUUCUCUUGGCAAUGUCAUCUCCGCUCAACCGAAGCAGAAGAUGAACUUCUUGGACGAGCACGACGAAGAGCUCAUGUUCAAGUUCCAUAAAGACUCAUUCGAAGUUCAAGUUGGCCUUCACGAACUUCUCGGGCAUGGCUCCGGAAAACUAUUCCAGAAAAAUGUUGAUGGAAGUUUCAACUUUGAUAACACCAAAGUCAAGGAUAUUCUGACUGGUGAACCGGUUAGUUUUCAAUUUCGCUCAGGCAUCGCCACGUGGUAUGAGCCUGGAGAGACUUGGUCUUCGAAAUUCGGACCACUUGCGUCGGCUUACGAAGAGUGCCGUGCAGAAGCUGUUGGAUACGUUCUGUGCUGUGAUUCUGAUAUUCUCGAAAUCUUCGGAUACACUGGAGAGCUUGCUCAAGAUGUGAAGUACGUCAACUGGCUCAGUGAGAUUCGCGCAGGACUCAUGGCCCUCGAAUUCUAUCAAGCCGACCAGAAGAAGUGGGGACAAGCCCAUUGUUACGCUCGCUACGUUCUCACCAAAGUGGUGUUAGAGGCUGGAAAAGAAUUCGUGAAGAUUGAAGAGACGAAAGGAGAGGAUGGAAAGGCUGAUCUCCACUUCAAGCUCGAUCGCAACUUGAUCGAUUCUGUCGGUCGUCCAGCUGUCGUUGAAUUCCUUCGUAAACUUCAAGCUUACAAAUCGACUGGAGAUUUUGAGGGUGGAAAGAAGCUCUUCGAGUCCUAUGGAGCUGUUGGGGAAACUGAGCUCCACUGGCGUGAUGUCUGUAUCGCUCGCCGCAAGCCGAGACGUCUUUUUGUGCAGCCAAACACUGUGAUUCUGAAACUUGAAGAUUUUUCUAAUAUUUUUAUUCCAGAAGUGUCCUUGGUGACCUACCCAUCUGAUGCAUCUGGUGUCAUCAAGUCGUUCGUUGAGCGGUACGACUCGGCUGCAAUUGAAGAUCUACACGCAUGCUGGAAGAACGAUCAAAAGUGGUUCUAG